AUGAAAGACGCAACUGAUUAUUCGUCUUCAAGCAUACAGGUAUAUUCUAAAAGUUCAAAUGGCCAUUCAAAAAUUGGGAAUUUUAUAGAUUCUUUCAAGAGGGCUGAUCAAACAGAGACGACAAGCGAUUUGGAAAAUGGUAAAGAACAGAUUAAUUCGCCGUUAGAGCAGAACUUGAAGGAUAGGCAUAUUCAGAUGAUCGCCAUCGCUGGGUGCGUUGGACUGGGUCUCUUCAUAUCGCAAGGGUCAGCAUUGGCCACAUCUGGACCUGGUGGGUUAGUAAUAUCAUAUUCAAUUAUUGGACUAUUACUAUACUUUAUAGUACAAUCUUUAGGACAGUUAACCAGUGCAUUUCCAGUUCAAGGUAACUUUUUAGUAUACAAUGUGAGGUUCAUCGAUGAGUCUUGGGGAUUUGCCAUGAACUGGAAUUAUUGCUUUCAGUGGUUAGUCACAUUACCGUUAUCGUUAGUGUCUGCUUCUUUAACUAUUCAAUUUUGGGGUUCGUCUAUUAACUCGGUUGUAUGGGUAGCUGUCUUUUACGUAAUUAUCGUCGCUAUCAACAUCUUUGGUGUCAAGGGAUAUGGAGAAGCAGAGUUUAUAUUUUCUUUGAUCAAAGUUGUUGCCAUUGUCGGGUUUUGUAUCCUAGCUAUAAUAGUGGUUGCUGGAGGUGGUCAACAGGGCUAUAUUGGUGGAAAGUUUUGGCAUAACCCAGGGACUUUCUCUCACGGAUUCAAAGGGGUAUGCUCCGUGUUUGUCAAUGCAGCAUUUUCUUUUGCGGGUACUGAGCUAUGUGCUUUAGCAGCAGCAGAAUCGAAAAACCCUAGGAGAGCAUUAACAAAGGCUAUCAAGCAAGUAUUCUGGAGAAUUAUAAUUUUCUAUAUGCUCUCUACUAUUAUGAUUUGCUUUCUAGUUCCAUACAAUGACCCUAAAUUAUUGAGCAACUCAUCGAGUUCUGCAUCUCCAUUCGUUGUUGCCAUCCAAAACAGUGGCAUCAAGGUUUUACCUUCAAUCUUCAACGUGGUUAUUUUAAUCGCUGUCUUAUCAGUUGCCAAUGCCUCUGUAUAUGCCUCUUAUAGACCACUUGUCUCCUUGGCACAUGCAGGGCAUGGUCCUAAGAUUUUGGCGUAUGUGGACAGAAAUGGAAGACCUCUCGUGGCAUUACUAGUGACCUUAGCAGUUGGAUUACUUGGGUUUGUAUCGGCAUCUCCUAAACAAGAGACGGUUUUCAACUGGUUACUUGCAUUAUCUGGAUUAUCUACUAUCUUUACUUGGUUUUCCAUAUCCUUAUCUCAUAUACGUGUGACCUAUGCCUUUAAAGUUCAAGGAGUAUCUUUAGAUCAAUUCCCAUUUCGUGCUGCUGGUAAUACUUUGGGUGCUUACUUCUCGUUAAUUAUCAACGUAUUGGUGCUUAUUGCUCAAUUUUACGUUGGGUUAUACCCAGUCAAUGGAAAGGAGAAGGAUAUAGCUACCUUCUUACAAGUAUAUCUUGCUGCUCCUGUAGUUCUUGUAUUCUAUCUCGGUCACAAGAUUUGGAGUAGAAACUGGAAACUAUAUGUGAGGGCAAAAGACAUGGAUAUCACAACAGACCGCCAAUUGGUUGAUAUAGAAAUGUAUAAUCAACUAAUUGCCGAAGAGAAGCUGUUAUGGGUUUCUAGGCCGUGGUAUUAUAGACUCUUUCAUACUUGGUGUUAA